CAACCACAUUAUAGUUUCUGAGUCACAGACUUCUAUUUUAAACUCUCUUUUUCAUCAUUAAACCUUCAUGCCUACGUGAAGGAAUAAACCAAAGCCCCAUGCCUCUCUCUGCUUUUCAAUCUUUGUUUCUUCAUUAAAAUAAUAGGUAUACAUUGUCAGAUCCCCAGUUUUCCUGGGAAAACCCCCUAUGUUUUUCCAAACAGACCAACACCCACUUCCCAAAAUGCAGAAUCUGAGAUGGGUUUGCAAGUAUCUGCUGAUUCUUUCACUCUGUCAUAUGGUCUCAGGAGGGCUAGCUCAGAGUCAGACCACCCCAAUUUGCUAUGAGGCUGAUAGGGCUGCUCUUCUUGGGUUCAAGGCCAGAAUUUUGAAGGACACCACUGAGGCUCUCUCUUCAUGGACUGGUAGGGACUGCUGUGGUGGAGGUUGGGAGGGUGUGGAGUGUAAUCCAGCUACAGGGAGGGUUGUUGGGUUGAUGUUGCAGAGGCCUGCGGAUAGGGACAGUGGGAUCUACAUGAAGGGCACUCUGUCUUCUUCUUUGGGGGCUUUACAGUUCUUGGAGGUGAUGGUGAUAAGUGGGAUGAAGCACAUCACAGGAAGUAUUCCAGAGAGCUUUUCAAAUCUAACCCACCUCAAACAGCUUGUCCUAGAGGACAAUUCACUUGGAGGGGCCAUUCCUUCAAGUCUGGGCCACUUGCCUUUACUCAAGGCCAUCUCACUCAGUGGCAACCGAUUGAGAGGUCAGAUUCCUCCAAGCUUUGGCAAUUUCAGAGGGCUUGAGCAGUUUAAUUUGGGAAGGAACCUCCUCACAGGUCCCAUCCCACCCACCUUCAAAAACCUCAAUAGUUUGCAGUACUUUGAUCUCAGCUCCAAUCUCAUAUCUGGGCUCAUUCCAGAUUUUGUAGGGCAGUUUCACAAUCUCACCUUUAUAGACUUCUCCCACAACCAAUUCUCCGGGCAGAUACCCAACUCCAUCUGCAGCUUGUCCAGCCUUUUGGACAUCUCCUUGAGCCAUAACAAGCUCACUGGAAGAAUUCCAGACCAAAUUGGGAGCCUAAAAUCCCUUACCACUCUUUCACUGAGUAACAAUCUGCUUACAGGUCAACUUCCAGAAUCCAUCGCAAGAAUGCAGAACCUUUGGCAGCUCAAUUUAUCUAGAAAUGGGCUCUCGGAUCCUUUGCCCGGUGGCCUUCCCAAGGGUCUUCCUUCUCUAUUGUCAAUAGACCUCUCUUACAACAAUUUCAAUUUAGGCACCAUUCCUCAGUGGAUCACAGGCAGAGUACUUGCAGAUGUCAAUCUGGCCGGCUGUAAACUGAGGGGAACCCUCCCAAUCUUUUCAAGACCUGAUUCCUUGACCUCCAUAGACCUCUCCAAUAACUACUUCACUGCUGGGAUUUCGAAUUUCUUCAGAAACAUGUCCAGUCUGCAGAAGGUCAACCUCUCACACAACCAAUUGAAAUCUGAUAUUUCAGUACUCAGAUGGCCACAGGGGCUCUCUUCUCUGGACCUCCACUCGAAUCAGCUUUAUGGGUCUCUGUACACAAUCUUAAAUAACACAAGCAGCUUUCUGGAGGCUAUAGAUGUAUCGGGCAAUCAGAUUUCAGGUGGAAUUCCCGAGUUCAGUGAAGGUUCGAGUUUGAAGUCUCUCAACAUAGCAGCAAACAAGAUUGCAGGGCACAUCCCAAAUUCAAUCUCAGACCUGAUUGAACUGGAAAAAUUAGACAUCUCCAGGAACCAAAUAACUGGCACCAUCCCUACAAGUUUGGGGCUGCUGCUGAAAAUCCAAUGGCUUGAUGUGUCCGUCAAUAGGCUCACAGGAAAAAUCCCAGAAACUUUGCUGGGAAUUGAAGGCCUGAGACAUGCUAACUUCAGAGCAAACAGACUUUGUGGUGAGAUCCCACAGGGAAGACCAUUUAACAUCUUCCCGGUAGUUGCUUAUGCACACAAUCUCUGCUUAUGCGGCAAGCCAAUGCCACCAUGUAGGGGGAAGCAGCAAUAGAGGAUCAUGCUCAUGCCCACAUGAGCACUGUCAUGUAGCAGAGACUAGCAAGUAGGUUUGGUUUUCUGCAACAGAAAAAAUCCAUUUUUCUUGUUACAGGAGAAUAAAUUUCUUUGUUCAAUUUCAUCACCCCACUUUCAAUAGUGAAGAGACCUUGUUUCUAUAAGUUGAAAUACAAUUUUAUUCUUCUGUCUGA